AUGCAGUUCACUAGAAGCCUUCUCUCUCUCCUCGCCGCCGGUGCCAGCGUGCGGGCUCUCCCCAACGACAAACGUCAGGAGACUCCUCGCAUCUAUGCUAAGUUUUUUGAUGACAACGCCUGCCAGGGUACCUGGGUUGAAGAUACAGUCUGGCUUCAAGAGCCAGCUGGCACUUGUAUCGAGGUCAACAUCCCCUUCGCCUUUAACAGCACCUUGAUCGCUGACAACUUGGCCACUCGCACUCUCCGUGUCUACAGCGCCAGCGGCUGCGAUGAGAAUGCUAGCAACUACUACGAUGUAGCCCCUACGAUCGAGCAGUGCUAUGCCCAAGCUGUCAAGAGUGUCAAGUUUCUCUGA